AUGUGGCCUCAUCAAGGAAAACCUACAGCCGGGGCUUGGAGGAACUUGGACAUAUCAUCCCAAUCUACUACCAUUGUCCAUCAAAUAUUUGGAGGCUUUCUGAGAUCCAGAGUCAUCUGCUUCAGCUGCAAAGCCAUUUCUGAUUCCUAUGAGGCCUUCCUGGAUGUCCCUUUGGAUAUCAAAGCAGCCUCAUCCCUCACUGCAGCUCUGGAGGACUUUGUAACACCUGAGCACCUGGAUGGUGAAAACUGCUUUAAAUGUAGCAAGUGUGAGAAGAAUGUUGCCGCCACUAAGAGGUUCACUGUCCACUGUGCACCCAAGGUUCUCACUGUGUGUCUGAAGAGGUUUGACUGCUUCACUGGUGGGAAGAUCAGCAAGGUUGUAGAGUAUCCGGAGUACUUGGAUCUUCGCCCAUACAUGUCUCAGGCAGAUGGAGAAGCACUCCUCUACUCCUUAUAUGCUGUCCUGGUGCACAGUGGUGUCAGCUGUCAUGGAGGACACUAUUUCUGCUACACAAAGGCCAGCAAUGGAUUGUGGUACCGGAUGGACGAUGAAUCUGUGGAGCUGUGUUCCAUUGACACAGUUCUCAGGCAGCAAGCCUACCUGCUGUUCUAUGCCAGAUGCUCGGAUCUGAGAAUUGGAGAAAGGGCUUCUUCCUCACUGGCACCAUCACAUGCCCCUUCCUUCCUCAGUCAGUGUGUGGCCAGCAGCAAGCAGGCGGGCUCUGUUGGACCACAGGGUCUGACUGGUAGGACUAAGGGCAUGAAGGACACUGGCAGGGAGCGGUCCCGGAGCAGAUCCCCUCUGUGGGGCAGGGAUCUCCGCAGCUGGUCUGUGGACACCACAGACUAUGAUGACUCUUCAGAGAGAAGAACUGGUCCUCCAAGUCGUGACCGUGGUCCUAGGGAUAGCACAGCUGCAAGGCCUUCCAAGAGGAUCUGCCGGUGGGCUCCCGCUCCCAGGGCUGCUCAGGAGCAAACCUUGCUGAGGCAGAGGGAGCCAAGCAGAUCUGUGCGGGGAACUUACAACCUUUGCAGGAAGGACACUGGCAGGGAGCGGUCCCGGAGCAGAUCCCCUCUGUGGGGCAGGGAUCUCCGCAGCUGGUCUGUGGACACCACAGACUAUGAUGACUCUUCAGAGAGAAGAACUGGUCCUCCAAGUCGUGACCGUGGUCCUAGGGAUAGCACAGCUGCAAGGCCUUCCAAGAGGAUCUGCCGGUGGGCUCCCGCUCCCAGGGCUGCUCAGGAGCAAACCUUGCUGAGGCAGAGGGAGCCAAGCAGAUCUGUGCAGGGAACUUACAACCUUCGCAGCCGGUUUGUGCCGUACACAGACUAUGACCGCUCACUGCGGAAGAGAAAGAGGCAGAGAACAAGUCCUCCAUGUUGUGACCAAGUCUUAGUGAAUACUGCAGUUCCAGGGCCCUCCAAAGCCAGCUCCAAGCAGGCUCUCAUGCUCCGGGCUGCUCAGGAGCAAACCCGACAGAGGCAGAGAGAGCAGAGAAGAUCAACAUGGCGGGGCUAUGAUCGCCACAGCCAGUUUGGGCAGCACACAGACUACCGCCCUUCAGAGAAGAAGAGGAGGGUUUCCACGCCCCAGAGAUUCACCUUCAUCCCCCCUCACAACCCUGGGGACUCCUUGGAGAUGAAUGGCUGCUGUGCCAGCACCUACUGCUCCAGGAAGGGAGUGCAAGGUGAAGAUGCUACACUCGCAGGUGCAAAGAAGGUUCAUUUUGCCAUGGGAUCCCAGGAGGUCACCAUGCACAUCAUCAAUGGGGUCUGA